GUUUUUCCACAGAGGAAAGGCCCUUUUGGAUUUUGCGAAAAAUGACAACAGGCGCCAUUUUUUCCCCAAUGUUUUAUUUUCCCGCUCAUUCCCUCUUUCUUAUCACUCUGUGAAUUACAUUUGAAACAAAAUUAAUACUUUAUCUUUAAUGAAAGACUUCUAAUUUUCGAUAGUUAAAAACAGCCCCAUUUCGCAGCUCUAGGCCAGUCGUGGUUUUGCUUCAACUUGUCUUUCCCAAUAGGAUCAGGGCUCUUAUAUCGAAACAUUGAAAGUAAAACACACGGCAACGAGUAGGGAAGAGAGGAUUGUGUUUAACUCAAGAAUGGGAUCGGCAACGCUACUGGAAUCAUCAUUUCCCAACUCCGCGGUUGGUAAAAGUUCUGAUUCUGAUUCAGGAACAAAGAAGAAAAAAGGUAAAACAAAAUCUUCUGUUUCUAAUGCAAGCAAGGAACUAACAAAUAAUACAAAAGGCAAGAAGCGAAGUUCCUCCCGUCAGAAUGAAGAUCCUGCUAGUUCCUGGAAAAGACCAAAGCGAGCUGCAGCGUGCACAGAUUUCAAGGAGAAAUCUGUAUGUUUAUCUGAAAUGUCUUCUAUCCUUGAACCAAAGAAAGAUCAAUCUGUGGAGGAAGAGAUUGUAGCCAUUCACCUGACAAAUGGGCAAGAAGAUGGUCGAGCUAACAGGAGACUAACAGAUUUUGUUGUGCAUGAUGCAAACGGUACCCCAAAGCCUAUUGAGAUGAUUGAAUUUGACGAUAUGUUUAUAUCUGGUCUUAUCCUGCCUCUUGAGGAUAGUCCUGACAAGGAAAAGGAGAAGCGUGUUAGAUGUGAAGGCUUUGGAAGGAUAGAAGGAUGGGACAUCUCUGGCUAUGAAGAUGGCUCUCCAGUAAUAUGGCUUACAACAGAUAUUGCAGAUUAUGAAUGUGUUAAACCUGCAAGUAGCUACAAAAAGUUCUACGAUCACUUCUAUGAAAAGGCUCGUAUUUGCAUUGAGGUGUACAAGAAACUGUCAAAAACUUCUGGAGGGAAUCCUGAUCUUGCUCUUGAUGAGUUGCUUGCGGGAAUUGUUCGUUCAGUGACUGGAAGCAAGUGUUUUUCAGGUGCAGCAUCCAUAAAAGAUUUUGUAAUUUCCCAGGGUGAAUUCAUCUAUAACCAAUUAAUUGGAUUAGAUGAAACAUCAAAGAAGAAUGACCAGAAAUUUGCUGCAUUGCCUGUUCUUCUUUUAUUGAAAGAGAAGAGUCACAAGCAUGGAAAUUAUGUUCUGGCAAAAGCAGUAACUUGUGGUGGGAAUCUGACAAUUUGUCCUAAAUAUGGAGGUGGGGAGUCAAACAUGUUACAGUCUAAUUCUUCCUCCAAUGUAGCUGAGGAAGAUGAAGAUGCAAAGUUGGCAAGACUCUUGCAAGAGGAAGAGUAUUGGCAAUCUACAAAGAAGCAAAAGAAAAUUCUUGGUUCAGCUCCGUCAGCACAUGCAAUCUACAUAAAAAUCAAUGAAGAUGAGAUUGCAAAUGACUACCCUUUGCCUGCAUUUUACAAACAUUCUAAUGAAGAAACUGAUGAAUAUAUAGCUAUUGAUAGUGAUGAUCACAUCUUUGUUGACCCUGAUGACCUUCCUAAAAGAAUGCUCCACAACUGGUCACUAUAUAACUCUGAUUCAAGGUUGAUUUCCUUGGAGCUUCUUCCAAUGAAACCAUGUGAAGAUAUAGAUGUCACCAUCUUUGGCUCGGGAAGGAUGACUGAAGAUGUUGGAACUGGAUUUUAUCUAGACAAUGAUCAUGAUCACUCUUCAUCAGGGGAUGCAGGGAUUCAAGAUGACCUCGGUUUGCCAAUUUUUUUGAGUGCAAUAAAGGAGUGGAUGAUUGAAUUUGGAUCUUCAAUGGUUUUCAUAUCUAUCCGGACAGACAUGGCGUGGUAUAGACUUGGAAAGCCAUCAAGGCAAUAUUCUCCAUGGUAUAAGCCAGUUUUGAAAACGGCCGAACUUGCAAGAAGCAUCAUUACAUUGUUGAAAGAACAAAGUCGAGUUUCACGGCUUUCUUUUUCAGAUAUAAUCAAGAAAGUGUCCGAGUUCAAGAAGGAUGAUCACGGUUUCAUUUCUCAUGAUCCAGCAGCUGUUGAGAGAUAUGUGGUUGUGCAUGGACAGAUAAUCCUACAGGUUUUUGCUGAAUUUCCUGAUGAGAAAAUAAAAAAAUGUGCGUUUGUGAUUGGUCUCACAAAGAAGAUGGAGGAAAGACACCAUACCAAAUGGGUGGUAAAUAAAAAGCAAAUUAUGCAGAGGAGUCAACCCAAUUUAAAUCCCCGAGCAGCAUUGGGCCCUAUAGCCCCUCUAGUGUCCAAAAGGAAGGUUAUGCAAGCAACAACAACAAGGCUGAUUAACAGAAUUUGGGGGGAAUUUUACUCCAAUUACUCGCCAGAGGAUCUGAAAGAGGGAACUAUUGCUGAAGCAAAAGAGGAGGAAGUUGAGGAGCAAGAGGAAAAUGAAGAUGAUGUAGAUGAGGAUGAACUGAUAGUUUCAGAGAAAACACAAAAAUCUUACUCAGUGCCAUUGCGAACUAAAUCAUAUUCUUCAACGGAUGAAGUACGAUGGGAUGGGAAUCCUGUAUGCAGAACACAGAGUGGUGAAGCUAUUUAUAAAUGUGCAAUUGUCCGUGGGGAGGUGAUUGCAGUGGGGGGUGCUGUCUUAGUGGAGGUUGAUGAAUCAAAAGAAGUUCCUGCCAUCUGUUUUAUAGAAUACAUGUUUGAAACAUCAGAUGGAAGCAAAAUGUUUCAUGGGAGAAUGUUGCAGAGGGGAUCUCAGACAGUUCUUGGCAAUGCUGCCAAUGAGAGAGAGGUUUUCUUGAGAAAUGAGUGCACGAACUGUGACUUGCAGGAUGUUAAACAGGCAAUUGUCCUUGAAAUUCGGAAAAUGCCCUGGGGACAUUGUCACAGGAAAGAUAAUGCCAAUGCUGAUAAAAUUGAUAGAGCAAGAGCAGAAGAGAGGAAAAAUAAAGGAUUGCCACUAGAAUAUUUCUGUAAAAGUUUGUAUUGUCCAGAGAGGGGUGCAUUUUUUAGCGUUCCCUUUGAUACAAUUGGUCUUGGUUCUGGCGUUUGCCACUCUUGCAAAAUAAAAGAAGCUGAAAUGGAAAAGGAGAUCUUUAAAAUUAAUUCUUCUAGGACUGGAUUUGUGCACUUGGGAACAGAGUAUUCUGUUCAUGAUUUUGCCUAUGUAAGCCCUUAUCACUUCACCAAUAAAAGGGAGACAGAAACUUUCAAGGGUGGAAGGAAUGUAGGGUUGAAGCCAUAUGUUGUGUGCCAGUUACUGGAGAUCAUUGUCCCAAAAGAACCAAAGCAAGCAGAAGCAAGAUCCACACAGGUUAAGGUUCGGAGGUUUUUCAGACCAGAAGAUAUCUCACCUGAGAAGGCAUAUUUUUCAGAUAUUCGGGAGAUCUAUUACAGUGAAGAAAUGCAUGUUAUAUCUGUUGAGAAUAUUGAAGGGAAAUGUGAAGUUCGAAAGAAAAAUGAUAUCCCUACAUGCAGUCCUGCUGCAAUCUUUGAUCAUAUUUUCUUUUGUGAGCAUCUUUAUGAUCCUUCUAAAGGGUCACUCAAGCAGUUACCGGCUAAUAUCAAAUUGAGGUACUCAACUGGGACUGGGGAAAGUGUUGCUGUGUCCAGGAAGAGGAAGGGUAAGUGGAAAGAGGGAGAAGAUGAAGUUGAAAAAGAAAGAGAAGCAUCUGAAGUGAGAAGUUUAGCUACAUUAGAUAUUUUUGCUGGUUGUGGUGGCUUGUCAGAGGGAUUGCAUCAAGCUGGUGCCUCAAAAACCAAGUGGGCUAUUGAAUAUGAAGAACCUGCUGGAGAAGCAUUCAAGCUUAAUCAUCCAGAGUCACUGGUGUUCAUUAAUAAUUGCAAUGUGAUCCUUAGGGCUAUAAUGGAAAAGUGUUUGGAUUCUGAUGACUGUAUCUCAACUCCUGAGGCAAUAGAAUUGGCUGCUUCACUUGAUGAGAAAGUAAUAAAUGAUUUGCCUCUGCCAGGACAGGUGGAUUUCAUCAACGGAGGGCCACCAUGUCAAGGUUUCUCUGGAAUGAAUCGGUUUAGUCAAAGCACUUGGAGUAAAGUUCAAUGUGAGAUGAUCUUAGCAUUUUUAUCCUUUGUUGACUACUUCCGACCAAGAUAUUUCCUCUUAGAGAAUGUGAGGAACUUUAUUUCUUUCAAUAAAGGGCAGACAUUCCGCUUAACAUUGGCUUCACUUCUUGAGAUGGGCUAUCAGGUGAGGUUUGGUAUCCUGGAAGCUGGAACAUAUGGAGUUUCUCAAUCACGAAAACGAGCAUUCAUAUGGGCAGCCUCGCCUGAAGAUAUACUUCCAGAGUGGCCAGAACCCAUGCAUGUCUUUGCUGCCCCAGAGUUAAAAAUUACUUUGUCAGAAAAUUUACAAUAUGCUGCUGUUCGAAGUACUGCUAGUGGAGCCCCUCUCCGUGCAAUAACUGUCAGAGAUACCAUUGGUGAUCUCCCAGAUGUAGGAAAUGGUGCCUCUAAGACAAAUUUGGAGUAUAAAAAUGAUCCUGUCUCAUGGUUUCAAAAGAGAAUUCGAGGGGACACAAUUGUCUUGACAGACCAUAUAUCAAAAGAAAUGAAUGAGCUGAACUUCAUUAGGUGUCAGAAGAUUCCAAAACGCCCAGGUGCUGACUGGCGUGACCUUCCAGAUGAAAAGGUUAAAUUGUCCACUGGGCAAGUGGUUGAUUUAAUUCCAUGGUGUCUACCAAAUACGGCUAAGCGACACAAUCAGUGGAAGGGGCUUUUUGGAAGAUUAGACUGGGAAGGGAACUUCCCAACUUCAAUAACAGAUCCUCAACCAAUGGGUAAGGUGGGGAUGUGCUUUCAUCCUGAGCAGGACAGAAUUCUUACAGUUCGUGAAUGCGCCCGAUCUCAAGGAUUUCCAGAUAGCUACAAGUUUGCUGGUAACAUUCAACACAAGCACCGGCAAAUUGGAAAUGCUGUUCCUCCCCCGUUGGCGUAUGCACUGGGGAUAAAACUCAAGGAGGCCAUGGAAAAGAGGCAUAAAUAGAUACAAUAUAAUUUUUCUUCAGUGAGACGCAAUAUCAUUUACCCAGUUACCAGUUUGUAGAAUGAUCUAUCUUAAGCAGGAUAGACUCCGUCCCGUUUAUUGCCUGGUAAAACAAAUGAAAAGAGACUGCAUUUCUGAAUUCAUUAAUGGGGUAGAAUAGGACUAGGUUAUAUAUGAAGCUUUGCACUAAGAGCUUUGACAUU